AUGAGAUUCCUAUGCCUGUGUGGCGCUUAUGGAAGCUCAGAGAAAUUCAGAGUCCAACUAGCACCUUUAGUCAACGAGCUUGCUUCGGAUAACACUGCAGAGCUUUUCUUCAUCCAUGGCCCUCUGCCUGCCUAUCCUCCGCCUGGCUUCGAGGAUUUUUUCGGACAGGGGCCACACUAUCGCUUCAUGGCGCCCAACAAAAACGACGGAUCAGGGAGUGUAGAUAUCCUCGAUCGGAUUCGGGAUUUCCCAGAAGGAAGGAGUGCCGAGGAUCAGAUGCGCAGGCUUAUGAAUCCCUCCUCGAGCUCUCAUGACUCCACGUCACCCGAAUCUUCCGACGACGGUAGUAACUUUGGCGAUUACUCGUAUGCGAACGCAAGUGCGAAGAGGGCGAUAGAGUACCUGUAUGAAGUAAUGGAAAAGGAGGGUCCUUUCGAUGGCAUCAUGGGAUAUUCAGAAGGUGCGACGGUCGCUUCCACACUCAUACUUCAUGAGCAACUGCGAUUUGAGCUCGAGGGCAGAAUACCCAUGUUGCAGUGUGCCAUAUUCUUCGGGGGAUGGCCACCCUUAACGCCUGAGUUCGAUGGCAUUGUUCUGGCAGAUCAGACAGAUCUCACCAUAAACAUACCAACUUGCCAUAUUAUUGGAUCCUUGGAUCCAUACUUGGCCGGGUCCAUUGCCCUCUACAACGUCUGCGAUAUGGACACCGCGAGACUUUUCGACCACGCAAAGGGUCAUACUCUACCCCGACACAAGGAUACCAUAAAGGAGCUCAGCAAUGUCAUCAGAGAGAUGAUAGCUAACCUCUGA